UGUACUUGCCGUCAGCACAUAAGUAUUAGUUUGAAGGAGGCGUGAGUGAGAUAGAGCAUUCCUGGAGGGUUGGACGAUUUCGAGAAGCAUGGGUUCAGUCAUGAUGGAUCACGCGGAGACGAGGACGAUGGAGUCGAUGGCGGAGAUGGCCGACAGAAUGAGCAAGGAGCUCCGUUCCGAGAUGCACAACGCUGAGGUGCAGCUCAACAACUGGGUAGCCGAGAGAGAGCAGCGGCUUGCCGAGAUACAGUCUGACUACGCGCAGACGAUGGAAGCCCGCGCGGCAGAGGUAGUGGAGCUCCGAAAGGCGGACAAGGACACAACCGCAAGACGAGCGCACUGCGCCGCCGUGGUCAAGAAGCAGGAAGAGCAGCUUCAGGAGGAGGUGAAGCGGCUGGAAGAACUGAGAGUAACGGAGCGGGAAGAGAUGCCCGCCAAGCUGGAAGUUCUCGGGGCCGAGCACCAGAGAAUCGCGAAGAACCUUGAGGCGAAGCAGGGGGAAAUGCUCACCCGCCGUCACGUCAAGGAAGAGGAGCUGUCGGUGCUAGGGAAAGGGGUUCUUCUCUACCGGCGGCUGGGGCUGGAGUUCGAGGGCGGCGACACCGGAGACGACGGGUCGAUGAAGUGCCUCAGGCUCGUCUUCCGGCAGAUCUCCCGGCAAGAGCCCGAAAGGCCCUUCGUGAUCGCCGUCUUCAUUGACGACAAUGGCCGCUACGUCGUACCGGAAUGCUUCCCGGCGCUCGCGACGGAAGAUUUGGACCGAAUGCUGGUGGACGUGAACGAAAGCAACGACUUCGCCAAGUUCGUGUCCCGCGUACGUCGCAGGUUCGUCUCGAUGGCCGAGGCGGGUCUCUGAAGCACCUUAGGUUGGCCGUUCUUUUUUUUCGUGUGUGUGCUUCGUGGCUCGAUACAGUUUUGUGUAUAUGCUAAAAUCCUGUGUCUUGCCGCGCUGGUGGCGAAGCUUUGCGAGUAUUUUGUUGUUGUAAUGGACUCUGUCCGACUCGUUGGGUUAGGUGACCGUUCGGUGUCAACUAGGGGGACUGGAGGACCGCGGUUGGCUUUUGUAAAGAAGAUGAGGGUAUUCGUCGUGCACGCGGGGAGGGGGCAAAGAGGCAUCGCGCUACGCGUACUGUUGUGAGUGUGAUUGAUGGCGAGAACAUUGGAAGUGAUGGUUGUCAUUGUUGGCACUGUCUCGAGAGUUAAAACUGGCAGUCUUUUCAUCGGGCAGGCGAAUAUUCGGUUUGUUUUUUUGGUUUCCCUCCGCACCUCCAAUGUCGUUCUUCCUUACUGUGCGUCAAUUACUCUAGCAUCACGUCUGUCUCCUCGUCGUCUGUAGUUGUUUUCGUUGCUUACGAUAGAUCAGGGUCUGGUAUUGUUCCAUGUUGUUGCGUUCGCCAAAUCGGAAGUUGGGACGGUUGCUUGCCAUGCGCUCGUAUUUCUUAGACCGGGCUUUCAAGGGAGAUGAGGUCUAUACCGCAGCUCCAGCUGUAGUGGUAGUAUCGCAUCUCCUCAUCCCUUGGUACGGCAGUUAUUUGUUUCGGGUUUUCCCUAGGUCCUGCUGAUGUACGUCUGCAACCACCCUCACAGGUCGCAGACAACAUCACCUUUUUUUUUAUGUUUUUUGUGUUCUUGGGGAUACCCGGUUGUUGUCGCUUUCGCUAGUAGGUCGUAGGAAGUAUCGACCUAUUUCUCUUCAGCUUGGGCAUACAAGGGGAAGUGUAAAUGAACCCGAGGGCCGCCACCGCCCCUCCGAUAACGUGGACUGGCUCUAUCCGCUGUCAACAGCUCAGCGGUGAUUCCCCCAUUGCAGUGGGGGGUGUCCGUUGAGCAUGGACCGACGUACGAAUAAGUUGACCUGCAUUAUCUCUGCUGGCACUCUGAGCGCCACCGCACUUCGGCCAUCCAGAGAAGGAGUGUGGCACAGGCGCCGAUUGCUAGCAUAUGGUGUAGAAGGUAGGAUGGUCAGAGUCCGUAGCCAAACGAAAGA